AUGGCUCCUCUUUCGCUGUUGGACUGCCCCAAAGAGGUUCAACUCGGCAUUGCUGAAUUACUUCCCCAGGCCGAUGCAGCCAACCUCUCCAUGACUUGUCGAGCCCUGCACAGCCUUACUGAGCCUCUCGUCUACUCCACUAUCCAGAUAACUUGGUCGAGGCAGUAUUAUCCACCCAUCCCAAAAGCGCUGCUGUUACUCCGAGCUUUGCUAGAAAGGCCAGAUCUACGGAACCAUGUUCGUUCCAUCGAGUUCGGCGGUAAUGGAUUCAUUGACUAUGAUGAUCCUCCAUGGCCUGGCGAAACGCCUGAACCGCCUGACUUGCCGGAUCUUCCUCUCGAUAAGCUCACUGCAGCGAUCAGAAGGACAGGGGUGUCUGAUUCCACAGCAAAUGACUGGACAUUCAAAGCACUAUACUCCGAUCGCCGUAGGUACCUACAAGUUGAGGAGGAGCUCCAGCUGGGUAUCAUUCAAAAAUCUCAAUCGGCAACCUCCGAUGCCGCCGCAGCUGUCAUAGUUUCUCUUCUACCAAGACUGGAGCGACUUACUGUCUCCGAGAAUUGGUUCAACGAGGCGCGACUUUUGGGUAUCAUGUUUCAGCUGGCACUCUGCAGGACAGACCACGACUCUACUCAAAGCUCCCAGCCCACUUUUAGUUCUCUGAAGUAUGUCUCCCUCGACCCAAUGCUACACGAGGACGCAAACACGGAACCCGACAAGGUAGACCAAGAUCUUUGCUUGUUCUACUUGCCCAGUAUCCAGCAUCUCUCCACCUCCAUCCAGAACCCCACGCCAUUCUCGUGGCCGCGCACUUCCGCCCCGAACCCAGUGUCCUUAACCUCGUUAGACAUCUUCAGACUCCGAGAAACACGGCUCGCUCCAGUGUUAUCUGCCGCAAAAAAUCUCAAGAAGUUGAGGUACAAUUGGUUCUACCGACCUGAUUUCGAUGAGAAGGUCAACAAUUCUACGCUAAUGCUCGAUGAAUUGGCAAUGGCUCUCCUCGAGGUCAAGGAUUCACUAGAGGAUCUAGAAAUCACCGCCGAGACAUGUCCCGCAUAUACGAUGGGGGAUAUUGAUCCACCUGAUUUCACAUUUCACGACUCGUUGGCAGAGAUGAGAAGCAUGCACAGGCUAAAGACUUUGAAUGUUCCUUGGUCAUUUCUGACUGGCAAGACUGAGCUUUGUGCCCCUGGACGUCUUGGGAAUUCGCUACCACAAAGUCUCGAGCACCUCACAUUGAGCCGCUUUCGUCUAUGGCCUGUACCGCAUAAUGAUCGAGAUGGAGCCAUGAUUUCUGCUUUCGAGAAGGAACUGGAAACUGGUAGUUUAUCGCAUCUGACUCGUUUGAAGAGUGUCAAGCUACCGCCGUCUUUCGUUAGUCGUGGGAUGCCAGAGGUGUGCAAGGAAAAGAUUGAAGCACUUGGGUGGAAGUUUAACUUGAAGCUGGAAAGCCCAAAGAGGGACUUGAGUAAGAUUAUAUAG